UUCUACUAUGAUACUUUUAGAACAGGGAUGUCCAAUCUUGGCAACUUUAAGACUUAUGGACUUCAAUUCCCAGAAUUGAAGUUCACAAGUCUUAAAGAACCACCUUUGUUGACGUGAAGACCUUUUAAUUCUUGCAGGCAGUUGAAGGGAAUCUAUAAUGACUUUAGAUCUUGCCGCAGUCUGUCUACUGUUUUUACUUUGACAUUAUAUAAUGCAUUAUUUUUACUCUCUAUACUGGUUUGAUAUUAUGGCUUCCUUGUUGCUUCAUAGCUUAUGUUUAUAAAUAUAACCCUACCCUUUCCCCAAAAAAUUACGACACUCCAAUUACGAGAAGGAAAAAAGAAGAAGGAAAUGAUUGUGUAGGUGCCUUGGCAUUGCUCUUUAGAAACAAAUAUUCAUGACAGGACAAUCAUGUACUAGGAAAUACUAUUAUUAUUAGCGGUAAUUAUCUAAUCUGCCAAGUGCUCCACAUAAGCAAUGGUUUUUAAUUUAUUCUUAAAAAUUCCACUGCUGUUAUUCACAGCGAGGAAUAUUACUAGCCAUCUCUGGCACUUGUUUUAUUCGCUUUCCCAUCAAUCUUGUCUCUCUGGCAGGCGCUCUUAACUGAAACGCUGUUUUCACUUCAAGAGUAAGCAGAAUUCAAGCGGUCAAUGCCUUUGGUAUGUACAUAGUAGAAGGCAGUCUCUGCUGCAGUUGUUGUUUGUGUAGCUCCGGCUUUAACACAAUGGCUGGUUCUGAGUUUAAGGAACUGCCUCUUAAUGGGAUCGCCCAGAACAGGGGCAUUAAACUUGUGUUAUCACAUUGUCGUUACGUGGUGUAUCGCAACUCCCCCUCCCCGCUUUGCUAAAACGGGGGUGGGCAUGGCCAGCACAUGAGUUUGACAGCCCUGGUCUAGAGGAAUCCAUUUCAACUCCUGUUCAAUUCGUAUUACAUAAGCCUAUGGUCAAGCCUCCAACUACAGGUAGUCCUUGACUUACGACCAUUUGUUUAGUGAAAAUUCUAAGUUACAAUGGCACUAAAAAAACGACUUACAACUGUUUUUCACAUUUACAACCAUUUCUGCAUCCCCAUGGUUAAGUGACAAAAUUCAGAUUCUUGGCAGCCGACAUAUAUUUAUGAUGGUUAGAGGAAAACAGGUAGAGGAAAAAGGAUGCUGCGCUAGGAGGAGACUCUAUGGUGGGGGGAACCGGACUUCUGGUCGGCUUCAGAAUUGAACAGGAGGCUUCUGGUUAGGACCUUUGUGGCUCUUUGAGUGUUUAAGGUUGCUGACCCCUGGACUAGAAGACCUCCAAGGUCGCUUCCAACUCUGUUGUUCUGUAUUCUAACUCAUCUACAUUUUAUUUGGUUUGGUUUUCCUGUUUGAGACAGGUUUGCUGCUUUCUAGAUGCCUCCGGUUUUUCUUAUCAAUUCCCUGCUGUCUAAAAAGCAUCUUUAUCUCUUCCUUAAUCUCUCUCUCCAUUUUGCUUUUGUCUUUUCAAGUAUUUUCCUUGUUUCUCUUUCUUUCCAGAUUGGUACAACAAGAAUCUAGCACUCAGCCCCUUUUCUUUUCUUUUUCAAGUACCUUUUCUAUUUUAAGGUUAUACCAUACCUUAAUUCUUUCAUUUAUUGUCCUGCUGUAACCAACUGAUUGUUUUUGUACCUACUUUUUUUCCCCUUUUCAGCUGACCACAGGAAUCUCUGAGGAGCAAGAUAGUCUCCAAGGGAGAACAGAUGUGAAUUUGUGGUGGGAAGAAGAUCUGUGUACUUUAAAGAUCAGAGCCAAGGUGUAAAUUCUGAUCCUGGGCCCUAUUCAUUCCGAUUGCUGCCAUGCCUAUUCUCCUCCCUGCAUUCCUGGGACUUUGUUUCUGCCAACUGAUUUCUGGUGACAUCUCUGAAAAUGACACCGUGGUGGUCACCAGCUCUGGAUCCAUUAAAGGCAUGAGAGUCCUAACUCGAUCUGGUGCCGUAAAUGCCUAUCUAGGAAUUCCAUAUGCUGAGCCUCCAGUAGGGAGGCUGCGCUUCCAGAAACCUGUCCCACAUCAACCAUGGAGGCAUGUCUUGGAGGCUACCCGCUUUGGGAAACCUUGUCACCAAUGGACCUUUUUUAGCUAUCCUUAUUCAAGAAUAUGGGUUGCCAAUAAGCCCCAUUCCGAAGACUGUCUUUUCCUCAAUAUUUGGGUGCCUCACCCCCAGCCCUCUGUAUCAGUCCCUAUCCUUGUUUGGAUCCACGGUGGAGGAUUUAUUGUUGGUGCAGGGUCUUCGGACUUAUACAAUGGGUCAACAUUAGCUGCUACCGAAAAUGUCAUUGUGGCGACUAUGAACUAUCGGGUAGGGAUCUGGGGCUUUCUCUUCUUCCCACCGGGAGCCCCAGGGAAUAUGGGCUUAUGGGAUCAACACCUGGCUCUGAAUUGGUUGAAGAAAAAUGCAGCAGUCUUUGGUGGAGAUGCAGAUAAGUUAACUCUCAUUGGCCACAGUGCUGGAGCAGCCUCUGUGGGUUUCCACCUCCUCUCUCCUAUCAGCCAAUCUCUUUUUGACCGAGCGGUGCUCCAGAGUGGAGCUCCCAAUGCGCCCUGGGCUUCGAUGCCACCUGAAAAGAUCCAGGAACGUGCUGUUAAUAUAAUUGGUCUGUUGAACUGCAGGAAAGGGAAUGACAGUGCCGUGAUGAGUUGUCUCCAAAAUAAGGAAGCCGAUGUGUUUCUGAAUUUCAGUUCUUUUUUCGUACCCACCUACGAUGGGGAUUUCCUUCCCGAAGAUCCAAAGAGACUUCUACAGAAGGGGAAAAUUCCAGCAAAGCCACUACUUAUAGGUAUUACAAGGGAAGAUGGCACAGUCUUUAUACCUCGAGUUCUGGACAAUGUAGAUGAUGACAAAAGCAGGACUUGGGAGCAGGCCUUAUCAGCUGUAGACUUCAUAUUACGUAGAGAUUUUGAAGAAGAUAUUGUCAAGGCUGUGGUGCUUAAGUACAGUGAAGUGAACCACACGCCAGAUCUGAACCGUCAGAUUUUGGCUCAUUUUAGCAGAGAUCACUAUUUUGUGUGUCCACUCAUUGAAGUUGCUGCAAGGAUGGUAGCAGCGGAGGGCUCUGUGUAUGUUUACUCCUUCAAUCACCAAAUUUCGACUUCCGUCUGGCAAGAAUGGAUGGGUGCAGCUCAUGGAGUUGAGGUCCCUUUCCUCUUUGGAACCCUCUCAUCACUUCCAGGACUCAAUCAGUCAGAUGCAGAAGGUGACAGGGUCCUAAGUCAACGGAUGAUGCACUACUGGGCCCAGUUUGCCAGAAGAAUCCCUCCAAAUUCACACCCGGUGAAGUUCAAUGGCCACAUUACAAUGCUACUGAACAAAACAUCUACCAUAUCAGCACUGAGGCACCUCAAAUCAAGCAGUUUUUGCCACGUGAGCAGUGUGUUUUUUUGGAAACCCAAGUUUAUAACACAACAGGAACUGGUGCAGCAUAAAGAGAUCAAACAACCACUGACCAGAAUUUAAUGAAAGGAAUUCUCAGGCAACUUUACCGUGAAGUGUGUACAGGAAAAUAUAGUAAAGGAGAUAUACGGAGAACAACUGAAAGCGGAUGGGAAUGGAGAGGAUUUGCUUAAAAAUCAUACUCAAAUAAAAGAGUGAUGGAAACUUCAGGUGCAUGGUUUUGUGCAGUACACAAGUAGACCUCAACUUACGACUACAAUUGAGCCCCAAAUCUCUGUUGUUAAGCAAGACGGUUGUUCAGUGAGUUUUGCUCCAUUUUAUAAUUUUUCUUGCCAUAGCUGUUAAGUGAGCCAUACAGUUUGUCAGCCAUCCCAACUUGGUCAGUUAGAAAAGAAAGACUCUCGAAUCCAUUGUUAAUGAAAGUAUACUUUACUAAAGCCAAGUGGUUACAGAGUAGCAAAGCUGGAUCUGAGGUUUCCUGCUCAAAGCAGCUAGUGAACUUUUCUCUUCUCCCCACUUUUUCCCUGGCUAUCUCCAAAGUGUCCAAUUACAUUUAAACAAAUUGUUUUGGUAACAAUCCCUGGCGGGCUGGACCGUUUCACAUUCCAUUCCAUGACCUUGGAAUGUCAAGCGACUCCUGUGGACUCCAAGCACAAAGGGUAGUUUCAAGUCCCCUCAUCCCAACCUCCCCGCAGCUCUCUCCCCCCAUUGCCUAUGGCAGACUGGCAUCUGGCAAAACAUGGCUGGUGCGGCAGAAUGACAGUCCUGAGUCAGUUGUUAAGUUAGUAACAAGGUUGUUAAGUGAAUCUUCCCCAUUGACUUGGCUUGUCAGAAGGUCACAAAAGGGGAUUACAUGACCCCGGGACACUGCAACUGUCAUAACUAUGAGCUUAAUUACCAAGCGUCCGAAUUUUGAUAAUGCAACCAUGGGAGUGCUGCAUUAGUCAUAAGUGUGAAAAAUGGUCAUAAGUCACUUUUUUCAGUGCAGUCGUAACUUUGAAUGGUCACUAAACGAAUGGAUGUAAAUCAAGGACUACCUAUAGUCUUAACUUCACUGACUGACAACCUCCUUCUGUCCUUUUAUUAUGUAAAUGGCUCCACAAAGACUACUAUGAAGGCAAAAAUACGUGUCCCAGGAUAAUGUUGCAGGAUCCAAUCUGGGUUGGUGAGACACACCAACACACACUCUGCCAGAGGGAAGUUCCCGUGAGGUUGGGCUCCAGCACAAGUCUGGAAGUUUGGAAGACAAAACCUCUGGUCCUGGUGACCGAUCCAGAUUGGAUCCUGCAACUCCUGUGUAAGUCAUUAACCUUAAUUAUGACCCUUUAUGUCUAUCCAAAGAUAUAAUAAUAAAAUCCAAUAACAUCACAUCACAACACAACACAACAUAAUAUAACAACAACAUAACCUUCCAACAUAUUUAAUGAAGAAAUUAGUAGCAGAACGUUUGCUGGAUGGUUCUUAUGGAAAACUCAAGCGUGCACAGAAUUAUACAGUUGGAAAGUAUCUCACAAGAAGCUACCUAUUCCAUUGGCUUACAGUUCUUACCACCAAGAAACUCCUUCCAAUAUCUCACUUGAAUCUCCUUCUCUAUACUUUCAACCUAUUGGUUGGGGGCCUGUCCUGCUGAGCUGCAGAGAACAAGUCUUCUAACAACAUUUUAAAUGUUUGAAGACUGCUAUCCUUCAGUGUUCUCUUCUGCAGUCUAGACAUAUCCAGUUGGCUUAGCCAUCCAUCAUGUAGUAGCCCUCCUUUGAACUAUCGAUGGUUUGUGAAUUUGUCAAAGUCCUUUUUAGAUGGCACUGAGGUGUCAGAACGGGACACAGUAUUUAAAACAGGGUCCAACCAAGGCAGAGUAGAAUGGGACGAUCACUUCUUGAGAUCUGGACUUAAUGCUGCUGUUAAUUUGUCCCAAAAUAACAUUUGUAUCACUCUUUGUUCUCUUUAUCCACCUACUCAGGAGAGACACUAUGUUGACUAAUGACAUUAAAAACUCUUCCUGCGGAUUUCAGUUGUGUGGGCUAGUUUUGGUUACUCAGUAAUUGCAGAAAAUGCCCAUUUUAGGCCUUUCUUCAUCAGCAAUUUUAAGUAUCAUUUACACCUCUGAAAAAACAUUUCAUGGCCCAGGCUUGAAAUAAUAAAUGAUAUAUAUCAAUGAUGUUCAAACAGACAAUUAUUUAUUGUCAGAAACUUAGCAAAGUGGGAGUGAACCCCAAACACAGUUUGACAGCCUUUUAUUCAUUUAUAUCCCGUCUUUAUUAUUUUUAUGAACAACUCAAGGUGGCAAACAUAAUACUCCUUCCUCCUCCUAUAUCCCCCACAACUAUUAUCCUCUGAGGGGAGUUGGGUGUUGGGCUGAGAGAGAGUGAUUGGCCCAAGGUCACCCAAUUGCUUACAUGGCCAAGGCUAGAACUCACAGUAUUCCAGUUUCAUUUCAGACAAAUGGUUGUCCAAUCUCUUCUUAAAAACUUCCAGUGUUGGAGCAUCCACAAGAUCUUGGAGGCAAGGUGUUCCACUGAUUAAUUGUUCUAACUGUUAGGAAGUUUCUCCUUAAUUCCAGGUUGUUUCUCUCCUUGCUUAGUUUCUCUCCUUUUUUGUUUCUUGUUCUGCCUUUAGGUACUUUGGAGAAUAGGUUGACUCCCUCUUCUUUGUGGCAACUUCUUAGAUAUUGGACCACUGCUAUCGUGUCAUUCCUGGUCCUUCUUUUCUCUAGACUAGCCAUACCCAAUUCCUGCAACCAUUCUUGAUCCAGUAAGAUCAUUCCAGAUUUCAGAGAUUUGGUGAUGUUUUCUUUUUUUGCAGUAUUGGUUGAGGAAAGAAUAAUUAUAGCCGGUGGAUUCCUGAAUUGCUUGCCCAAAAUCCGAGAAGCAAGAAAGGGAUCUCAAGAGUCAUGUUACAUUAAGGUUUGGGAAUGAUUCAAAAACCAGCAAAAGCAAAAUUCUCUUCAACUUUUUACUUAUUGAUGGAGAGGGCAAAGCUAAUUGAUUUAAUUAAAGAGAAGCAUUUGUUCAGUUUGGCAUUUAUUCAGUUUGGUUUUCACGUGGAAACUUUUUCUGGACUUUAUGCUCAAUAGACACACACACACACACACACACACACACACACACACACACACACACUUAUAUAUAUUAAACCUUGAUUUUAAGUUUUGAUGACCAGAUUAACUUUGUAGCUAUAGCAAUGGCUUGGAUGUACUAGAAAUGUAAAGCAUAAAAUUGAGGUUGAAACUGUGUUUUGUAUCCUAUUGUAUCCUGAAAAAUGUUGGAAGUAUUGCUUUUUUUUCUUUUUUUACCUUGCACCUGUUUUCCCCUUUUUUCUGGCCUUUAUUUUCAUUUGUACUUUUUAUUACAAUAAACCCUAAUCUAAAAAAAGUCUUUGCUUAUUGAUAGGUGCUUUAAAACAGGGGUCCCCAAUCUUUCGGACCUCAGGGACCACUAAAUUCAUAAUUUUAAAUCCUGUGGACCACUAAUAUGAUCUGCUUAAUGACCGGUUGUGUGGCUAGGUGGUCAUGUGACUGGGUGAGCAUGACCAACUUGAUGUCACUCACAUCGAGGGGCACCUCACCGGCCUCUACUCGCCCCAGCGCCUGGAGGCUCAGCGGGCUGAGAUGGCCAGUCAGUUCCAGGC